AUGGCUCAAGAGCCUACCGGUCGUGAGCUGUUGCGGUUCGCCAUUACGUUCAUCAUGUCGUGGAAGAUUUGGACCAAAGUCACCUUUACCCUUAGCUGGUUCGAGUCCAACGACGUCUUGACCAAACUCAAAGUCCUCUUCAACCUCGCAUGUCUUGUCGGCUUCACUACCAACCUGAUAUUAGUAGCUUCAACGAAGACGCCGCACACAACAUAUAACGUCCAGCUCGUCGCGCCUUUUCCUUAG